AUGCCUGUACUUUCGCUCCUUACCUUGCUGGUGGCCUUCGCGCCAACCGCGUUGUCCCAGGACAACACCAGUUUUGUGGACUACAAUACCGAGCCACAACCGAAUCUUUACUCUGAAACGAUGGCACAUGUCGAUUUUUCUUUCCCAGACUGCUCCAAUGGCCCACUCAGCAAGACGAUUGUCUGCGACACCACCGCAAAGCCACACGACAGAGCGGCUGCCCUCACGUCCAUGUUCACCUUAGAAGAACUCGUGAACAGUACUGGAAAUGUCAUUCCUGCAGUUCCCCGACUGGGCCUUCCACCUUAUCAGGUUUGGAGCGAAGCUCUACAUGGUUUGGAUCGUGCAAAUCUUACCGAAUCCGGGGACUACAGCUGGGCGACCUCGUUCCCAUCCCCCAUCCUCAUCAUGGCUGCCCUGAACCGCACCUUGAUCAAUCAAAUCGGUGAAAUUAUAUCAACUCAAGGCAGAGCAUUCAAUAAUGGGGGUCGGUAUGGGCUUGAUGUAUAUGCACCCAACAUCAAUUCCUUCCGCCACCCCGUAUGGGGCCGUGGGCAGGAAACUCCAGGCGAGGAUGUCCAACUCUGUUCAAUUUACGGGGUUGAGUACAUAACAGGCAUUCAGGGUGGCUUGAACCCAAGGGAUUUGAAGUUGGCGGCGACAGCGAAGCAUUUCGCUGGUUAUGACCUUGAGAAUUGGGGCAACCAUUCAAGACUGGGGAAUAAUGUGGCCAUCAGCUCAUUCGACCUGGCUAGCUAUUACACCCCUCAAUUUAUCACAGCAGUGAGAGAUGCAAGAGUUCAUAGCGUGAUGUCAUCAUAUAACGCAGUCAAUGGUGUUCCCUCAUCGGCUAAUUCGUUCUUGCUCCAAACUCUGCUUCGUGAAACUUGGAAUUUUGUUGAGGAUGGCUAUGUUUCUUCUGACUGCGAUGCUGUCUUUAAUGUCUUCAACCCCCACGGAUAUGCCUCAAGUGCCUCGCUCGCUGCGGCAAAAAGUAUACAGGCAGGCACAGAUAUUGACUGUGGGGCGACAUAUCAACUCUAUCUGAAUGAGUCGCUAUCCCAUGACGAGAUCUCUCGCAGUGAAAUUGAACGUGCUGUCACUCGUUUCUACUCUACUCUGGUCAGUUUGGGCUACUUUGAUGGUGACAACAGCAAAUAUCGACAUCUUCAUUGGCCUGACGUUGUUGCCACUGAUGCAUGGAACAUUUCAUAUGAGGCUGCCGUAGAAGGCAUUGUUCUUCUCAAGAACGAUGGCACUCUACCUCUGUCCAAUAACACCCGCAGCGUUGCAUUGAUUGGACCAUGGGCAAAUGUAACCACUACAUUGCAGGGAAACUACUAUGGCGCAGCGCCCUAUCUCACCGGCCCGCUCGCUGCCCUACAGGCCUCCAAUCUUGAUGUCAACUAUGCUUUCGGCACCAAUAUCUCCUCCGAUUCCACUUCUGGAUUUGAAGCGGCUCUGUCGGCUGCGGGGAAAUCCGAAGUGAUUAUCUUCGCCGGCGGAAUUGACAACACGGUCGAGGCAGAGGGAGUGGAUCGCGAAAGCAUCACCUGGCCUGGCAAUCAGCUUCAGCUGAUUGAGCAGUUGAGUAAGCUGGGUAAACCGUUAGUUGUUCUUCAAAUGGGUGGUGGCCAAGUUGACUCUUCGUCGCUCAAAGCCAACAAAAACGUUAACUCUCUGGUUUGGGGUGGUUACCCGGGACAAUCCGGGGGUCCUGCAAUUCUGGACAUUCUCACUGGAAAGCGUGCACCCGCUGGUCGUUUGACAGUCACUCAAUACCCUGCUGAGUAUGCUCUUCAAUUUCCUGCUACCGACAUGAGCUUGCGCCCUAAAGGCAACAAUCCUGGGCAAACCUACAUGUGGUAUACAGGCAAGCCAGUUUACGAGUUUGGCCAUGGGCUGUUCUAUACAACAUUCAAGGUAUCACUCGCUCACUUCCAUGGAGCCGAGAACGGAACUUCCUUCGACAUUGUGCAGCUCCUCUCACGCCCCAACGCCGGAUACAGCGUGGUCGAACAAAUCCCGUUCAUAAACUACACCGUUGAAGUUAUGAACACCGGUAACGUCACGUCUGACUAUACCGCUAUGGCCUUUGUCAACACAAAAGCGGGACCAAGCCCACAUCCUAACAAGUGGCUGGUUGGCUUUGAUCGCCUCGGUGGAAUUAGUCCCCGUACCACGCAGACCAUGACCAUUCCGAUCACACUAGACAACGUGGCACGCACAGAUGAGAGAGGUAACCGCAUUGUGUAUCCCGGCAAGUAUGAGCUUACACUGAACAAUGAACGUUCGGCCGUGCUUUCAUUUACUUUGACCGGUGAUGCAACCACCCUUGUUACUUGGCCCGAGGAGGAGCAACUUGUUCUUCCCUCAUGA